UAAGUAGGGAUAACACAGGGCUCCUAGCUCUCUUUCAUUCAGUGCGUACAUUCCCACCCAUAGGUAAUCCAGGCACCAUGCUACGAGUGAGAUGUGUAAGAGGAGGAAGCAGGGGAGCUGAAGCUGUCCAUUACAUAGGAUCCAUGCUGAGUAAAGGCCUCGUUGGGUGGGUGCAGCGAACUUUCCAAAGCACCCAGGCAGCUGCAGCCACCCAGAAAGACUGCACUGCUGAUGAAACAGGCCCCCAUGACAGUCCUGUCUGCUCUUACAAUGAAUGGGACCCGUUGGAGGAAGUCAUUGUGGGGAGACCAGAAAAUGCAAAUGUUCCUCCAUUCACAGUCGAAGUGAAGGCAAACACCUAUGAAAAGCACUGGCCUUUCUACCAGAAGCAUGGAGGCAAUAGUUUCCCCCAGGAACAUGUGAAGAAAGCCAUUGCAGAAAUUGAGGAAAUGUGCAAUAUUUUACGUCAUGAAGGUGUUACUGUACAGAGGCCUGAACUGAUCGAUUGGUCAGUUCAAUACAAAACUCCUGAUUUUGAAUCUACAGGUCUGUAUGCUGCUAUGCCUAGAGACAUCCUGCUGGUUGUUGGUAAUGAGAUCAUUGAAGCCCCUAUGGCAUGGAGAUCCCGCUUCUUUGAAUAUAGGGCCUACCGCCCUCUAAUUAAAGAUUAUUUCCGUCGGGGGGCAAAAUGGACCACUGCACCUAAGCCAACAAUGGCCGAUGAGCUCUAUGACCAGAAAUACCCUAUUCGUACUGUAGAGGACCGACACAAGCUCGCUGCUCAAGGGAAAUUUGUUACUACAGAGUUUGAGCCCUGUUUUGAUGCUGCUGACUUCAUGAGAGCUGGAAGAGAUAUAUUUGCACAGAGAAGCCAGGUGACAAACUAUCUUGGAAUUGAAUGGAUGCGCAGACAUCUGGCACCCGAGUACAAAGUGCAUGUCAUCUCGUUUAAGGACCCCAAUCCUAUGCAUAUUGAUGCAACCUUCAAUAUCAUUGGACCAGGACUUGUGCUCUCUAACCCAGAUCGCCCCUGCCAUCAAAUUGAUCUGUUCAAGAAGGCUGGCUGGACUAUUGUCACUCCCCCCACUCCCCUCAUCCCAGAUGAUCAUCCUCUAUGGAUGUCAUCAAAAUGGCUCUCCAUGAAUGUAUUAAUGCUGGAUGAGAAACGUGUUAUGGUGGAUGCCAACGAGACUUCCAUUCAUAAGAUGUUUGAGAAGUUAGGCAUUUCCACCGUUAAAGUGAGUAUUCGCCAUGCGAAUUCAUUAGGAGGCGGUUUCCACUGCUGGACCUGCGAUGUUCGUCGCCGUGGAACCCUGCAGUCCUAUUUCAGCUAAUACAAUAGCUGGAAACUUGCAGUAAAUCAGCUUUUUAGCAAUUCAAUAUGUAAGCAAAGCUAGUAUUACCAUGUAGUCUUUUCAGUGUGACCUCCUUGAAAUUGUAAGCUCUUCCGACAUGGAAGAGGAUACCAAAAAUGUGAUUCUUUUUGCCCUCCAAAUUAUGCUUUUUUUUUAAGCUCAAAAUUACUUUGUGAAGAAACAUUUUUUGAAAUGUUACAUUUGCAUUUAUAACCAUCAGUUAUUAAAUCUAGUAGUUUGGGACUGCAGGGUGACAAGGAGAACGGGUGCACUAAUUUUACCUGUCUACCUCUGUCUUAUCAUAAAGGCAGCUUUGAAUGUACCAUGCAAUUUCCUUCCCUUUUAUCCAGUGUUCUCUACUGGCUACACAUACAGUAGGCACGUUAUUUCCAAAGGGUCAUAGACAGUGAUCCUAAUGCAUUCUCUAAUUGUAUUUUUCAAAUCACUUAAAAUAUUUUUUUACUAUUUUUCAUAAACGUACAUUUUUUUUUCUACUUUUCAAUAUUAAUUGCCACUUAAAGGGGACACAACCCUUUACUGAAAGCACGGACGGUGCAGCAGCGCUUCUUAGAGCGUUCAGCACUUCACUUGCAUUGGCUCUGCUUUGCUUUUCCAGCAUGCAGACUAUUGAUCGUAUAUAUAUUUUAAUGUGGAUCCGUAUUCCACAUGCUGGAAAAGCAGGGCUGAGCCGAUACAAGCCAAAAGCGCAGAAUGCUCCGAGACGUGCUGCUGCACCCUGUGCUUUCAGGAAAGGUUUAGGUCCCCUUUAACAGUUCAAGUAAUAAAAUGGGAUGCUGGCACUAUAGCCGUUUUUUAUUCCAUCAUCAGCAACAGUGACACCUAGAGGUUAAAAAAACUGCUGCACCCUAAAUACUAAUAGAAAGAAGGAACGUAGCAGUUUCCUAUAAAGCGCGGUCAUUUUAUGAACUGAACCAAUGUUGAGACUGUACCCUUAGAAUUGUCUGCUAACCAUUUCUGCUAGUGAUGACAUUGAUCCUGGAUUGCCAGGAUAGUAGGGUCAUGUCACUUCACGGCUUUCUGCAUGUAUAUAAAUCUAUACAUAUGUUUUAUGGUUCUAAUACUAUAAAAAAACAAAACAGUUUUAUACAUUUUCCAUGCAUGUGCAUAAUAUUACAUGAUGCAUGGCGUAUAUGUGGAUUGUUACAUGCUGUUUAGUGAACCAUUGUUUUAUCAUACUCCAUAUGUGUUGAGAUUGUUUCAUCCUUUGUGCCUAUUAAGUUAUCCCAGCCAAGGAAUGUUUCCACAAUCAAUGGCAGCAACAAUAAAUGAUUCACUUUAAAUAAA